CAGGGGGCGGGGGCCGACGAACCCGCGGGAGUGUCUGAGGCGGUGCGCUUGCGCAACUGGUCGGGGGCGGGCCGGCGUACCCCGAGGAAGCGUCCUGGGGACGGGGGCUGGAGAGGCUCAAGCUGGAGGGCUUCGCGUCUUCGGCGGGGAUCCGGAGGAUACUGUGAACAUGACAUCACUGUGGCUGCUGAGAGCCCCCUUUCUGUGUGGCCUGCUCUGGGCCUUUUGUGCUCCAGGUGCCAGGGCACAGGACGUCGGGGAUGGUGUCCCCCAUCAUGGCAGUGUGGGCCUGGACAAGAACACAGUACAUGACCAAGAGCAUAUCAUGGAACAUCUAGAAGGUGUCAUCAACAAACCAGAAGCAGAGAUGUCUCCACAAGAACUGCAGCUCCAUUAUUUCAAAAUGCAUGAUUAUGAUGGCAAUAACUUGCUUGACGGCUUAGAACUCUCCACAGCCAUCACGCAUGUCCAUAAGGAGGAGGGGAAUGAACAGGCACCAGUAAUGAGCGAAGAUGAGCUGAUUAGCAUAAUAGAUGGCGUUUUGAGAGAUGAUGACAAGAACAAUGAUGGCUACAUCGACUAUGCAGAGUUUGCAAAGUCACUGCAGUAGACUUAUGUGACUAUCUCUUAGUUAUAUGCAAAUGUGACCCAUGAUAAUGUGAUUGAACACUCUUUGGAAUGCAAAACAGCUCAUUUCCAACAACUGCUACAUUUUGCUAAAAUAUUGAAGCAGUUUGCUUCUCUGGGGUGAGAAGAAGUCAAGAGAAACAAGAGGGGAGAAACGUUAGUCCUGACAUGCUUUUACCUUUUACUGGACUUGAGCUCCAUGAAAAAUCCUCUUAAGGCUGUGGAUAAUUAUUCCCAAGCUCUCAGGAACUUGACUGUAGAACACUACACUCAUUUCUUGAUUUUAAUUCAUGCUACCUGAAAAGUAAAGACGGCAAACUUUGCCAAAUGGUCAGGCUUUUUCAGUGAUAGCGAAGGGGUGGCGUGAGCAUCGAAGGGUCCUGUCUCUCUGCUAAUGUUAUCAGUAUUCUGCUCCCCUGGCAAGGGUAAUCACUUUGCCCCCAGCAAGUGACUGUCUGUUCGGCUGUAUUAAAACCACAGCGCAAGAAGAAUGUCACCUAUUAAGUUCAACUAGCUGCAGAGUUGAUUCUGUAUCCACUGGCAUUUUGGAAAUGAUACACCACUGGCCAAAUAAUUAGACUUUUUCAGAUUUUCAGUAUUUUAUAGAACUAUUGUCACACCCGUCUGUGGUCUCCAACAAAUUUAAAAGUGUUCUCUAGUCACUAGCUACUCUUUGAACUUUCUUAAUUUUUGUAAUUCAUUCUUGUUCCCAGGGUUUCCUUUUUCCAGGAUAUGGACUAUGGACUUGGUACAGCAGGUGUAAGCUAUCAGCUCGUCUAGCCCAGAUGAGACAUGGAAAGAUCAUUCGCUCAGAAUGAUGAUUAACCUGAUCCAAGUUCUGUUUUGAAGGAAUGAUGUUUAAAUUACCUCUUCUAGCCUGACUACGUGAAUUCCUUCAUUUCAGGGACGAUUAGAAAAAGAAACCUACAAACCCUUUAGCCUUGUGACACUCAGUAGUAAUUGAAGGGGAGAAGAAACAGUUUGCAAUUUGGUUUGUGGGAUGUGAUUGAUAUGCCAUAAAAGAGAAUUCAGAAUGGUGGUGGGCUCAGGAAAAAAAACAAAAACAAAAAUAAACAGAAUCCCAUUUGCUUUAAGAUGUAUAGAGACUUAUUUUCUUUAUUAAAGUAUUCUUAUAAGAAAACA